AGGGAGAUGGAGUAGGAGGGGGACGUGUUGGGCGGCUUACAGUGCUUCCGCACGUACCUGGCCGGGAUUGUAGCGUGAGGGAGCAGGAUCAGCGGCAGGUCGUGUCUGAUGGAGCAGAUAAGCCCAAAUACUCCUAAUCGGUCUUUCGUUGAGUAUUCUUGUCUUCUGAGGAACUAGGCUUUCAUCCUCCUCAUCAAGUAAAUAGAGAUCCUUAAUCAAAAGGAAUGAACAGCAGUGGUGAUUUUUAAGUAAGCGAACACACAAGUCCAGUUGUAGAAGCAACAGAUGGUGAGACAUCUCUGUAUCUGUAGUUUGAGAAAGCUCCAGGAGGAAAAGGUGUUUCUCGUGUCUUCUGUUCAUCUCAAAAGAUAAACAAGAGAAACCUGUCUGACACAAACCAAAUCUUUAGUCUAGAAACCCAGAAGUAGCAGUGUCCUCAUUGCUGCAAUUUUCUUUGUAGAGCAGAGAGCUGCUGCAAUGGAAGUCAAAAAGCUAUAGUUAAACCGUUUCAGUUAGUGGUACAGGGAAAGAAAGCAAGGGCCCCGGGGAUCUCCAUUGAAUAAUGGGGAAAACUCGGGAACAAAAACAGCCAAACAAAUAGGAGUAUCCUGAUCUCAAAGGAACAUAGACCCUAGAAAAGAGGGAGUGUAAUUGAGAGUGGAUGGCCCUGUGGUCAAUACCUUUGGUGGAUAAGGGAGAAAAUGGCCAGGAUGGUGGUUUGGAUCAAACUGGAGGUCAACUUUUGUUGUUAGUUAAACUAACCAUGUGCACCCAUUCAGGGCACCAAUGCCUUCUUUGACUCAGAAUUUGCCCUAUCAAAAAGGUUGUUUCAGCAAGCAGGACUGAAGGAAUGGUGCAGCUGUGCAGUUACCAUUGUUUCCUCCUCACCUCUUCAUCGGCUUGAAGCAGUACUUACCUAGUUAGGAAGAGCUGACUGCUAAAGAGAAAAUGACAUCUUUGGAAAAAGUUGAUGAUGCCUCAGCACCCAUUCGAGGACCUGGAGAUGGCAUGGAAACAGAGCAAACAGCUGGAGCAGUGGAAGUAAUCACCGGAGCAAACAGUGCAAGCCAUCACAUCCACCACAGCCCCCAUAAAAAGACAGCUUCUUCCCUGAGUCCUGGAGUUCUGCAGCUGGGGAAAGUACAUCCAGAUAAAUCAGUAGAGAUUGAAGCUAUUCGAUUAUUAGUCCCCAAAGCAGCCAUCACCCAUGUUGUUCCAACUAAAAAUGCUAAGAUAGCUAAAUCUGUGGGUCAUAAAGGAGACACGUUCCAUCAGUCAGAUGGAGCUACAGACCCCAAGAAAGAACAGACAGAGCUGAAAAAUGCAAUUGAAAAGCUAAAGAAUUCAGAAAAGCGGUUGUUACAGGAUAAAGAAGGUCUCUCUAAUCAGCUGCGUAUACAGACAGAGGUCAAUCGGGAGUUGAAGAAAUUACUUGUUGCUUCUGUUGGGGACGAUCUGCAGUAUCACUUUGAACGGAUGGCUCGUGAGAAGAAUCAGCUCAUCCUAGAAAAUGAAGUCUUGGGCCGGAAUACGGCUCAGUUGUCGGAACAGUUGGAGCGCAUGUCUAUACAAUGUGAUGUGUGGAGAAGCAAGUUCCUAGCAAGCAGGGUGAUGGCUGAUGAGCUGACCAAUACCAGAGCAAUUCUUCAGCGCCAAACCAGGGAUGCACAAAGUGCAAUCCAGGACUUGCUGAAUGAACGCGAUCAGUUCCGUCAAGAGAUGAUUGAUACGCACAAGCUGCUGGAGGAGCUCAUGGUCUCUCUUCAGUGGGGGAGACAACAGACAUACUAUCCUAGUGCCCAGCCUUACACUACAACAGAGCUAGCAGCUGUGAAUUGUAAGCUAGCCAAAGCUGUAAGCUCACAUCUUCUAGGAAAUGUUUGCACUAACAGUCCAAAAAAGACUUCAACAGCUAUGGAGUUUUGCAAUACCCCUGCUGAGAAAAUGGCUGAAAUGAUGCUGCAUGUACUGGAUCCAGCUGCACAUCCAGAGACAUCAACAGAAGUUUCUUUUUCUGAGACUUCUCCAUCUUCUUUCCUUUCUACAAAGAAAAGUAUUGGAAGGUUUCACCCAUAUACAAGAUAUGAAGAUGUCACCUUCAAUUGUUGCAAUCACUGUCAAGGAGAGCUGAUAGCCCUUUAAAAGCCCAGCCAAGGCAGCUGCACAUGCACUCUUUCUGAAGAAUUACACUAGUUGAUGUUCAGCAGGUUUCCUUUGUCCUUUUUCCAUAAUGAGUAGGUAUGGCAUUGGAAAUGGUGCAGUUUCUGCUUCCCUACCUCUUGAAGUUACAGAUUGACAGGAUUUCCAUAGUCUCUGGGAUACUUCUACUAUUUCUCAGCGGGGAAAGCUACUUAUUUUCUUAUACAAAGGCAAGCCAAAAAACAUUAUGCUGGUCCAAUUUGUAGAGCAUAGAGAUGCUCUUGACUAUUAACAUUUAUAGUCCUAUUAGCAAAUCUUAAUGAAUUUCCCUUCAGAGGGAGACAGAAGUGUAACCGUACCAAAGCAAAUGAAGUGCUGAUCAGUUAUGCCUAAAUUUAAAAAUAAAGUAAUGAUAAAUGGUCAGUUAUAUGCCUUUUUUUUUAAAUUUUAGCCAGGGUGAUGAACUGCCCUCAAGUCUAUGUUCUACCUUUUAAAGUUAGUCAUAAAAAGGAGUAUGUGCAAUGAUUCUUCAUAGCUGUAAGUUCUGAAAGCAAGACUAUGUGCAAUGUCAGCCCUCCUGUCAAGAAGGAGAUAAAGCUUGAGUGAACUCUAGCUAUAAUACAUAAGUAGUAACUGCUUUCAAGUGGGUUCUAGAAAACUGUGGGGUGAGGUUUUUCUUGUUUCCACAGAGCUAAAAUAAUGGCUUUUCCAUUGUUUCAGCUUCUAGAGUGAAGCUGCUGCAUAGCUGAUCCUCAGCAAAGGCAGAUUGACAUAGUUCCUUUACUACAUAGCAUUGAAUCCUGGCCUGGCAUUAGGACUCAGUCCUUGCCCAAGGUUUUCCUGAGUAUUAUUGGGAAGGUGAAGAUAAGCACUAAGUUUGCAUUGGUACUGCUAAAAAAAGUACUUUUUUACUUGUAUGGUUUUAUAAUCUUUAUGUAGAUUUGAAGUUCUUGACAUAGGCUUGAAGAGAAUUUCUAGGAGACAAUCUGCUAAAUCCAAAGAAGCCUAUUUAAGUUUCUUAGUUUGACAUCCAAAUUUACCAUAUGAAGCUGUCUAGUUUAGGGAAAAGGUUUCUGAAAUGGUUGUUUUUACCCAAUUUUCCUUUGAAUCUCAUACCCAUGAUCAGAAUAUGUAAGCUGUGAGUUCUUGCUGUUGCUGGCUCUGAUUUAGUUUACAUGGAGAAAGUUACAAUAAACAUCCUUUACUUGCUUUCAUGUAAAGGCUGGUCUCUCCAGAGUGUUUGGGUCCCAUCUGGCAAGCUUCGGACUGUAGCCCCUUGCAGCCUUUACAAGGACCAAAGUAAAAGACUGGAGGUGCUCUUCUCCUCUCAGGACCAAAGAUCCCACAGCUUUGUUGUGGAAUGACUCCAGGGGAUCUGAGAUGGGAAAGAGGCAGUGUCCCAGAAGAGAA